AUGGCUCUCAGCUGGAGAUCAACCCGCCAUGUUUCUAAGCUCGCACAGGCCACUCGGCCAGUGUUCUCUCGUCACUAUGCGACCGCGGAGCCGGACCUGAAGACCACUCUGAAGGAGGUCAUCCCGGCUAAGCGGGAGCUACUCAAGAAGGUGAAGGCGCAGAGCGAGGAUGUCAUUGGAGAUGUCAAGGUCGGAAACACAAUCGGUGGCAUGCGUGGUCUGAAGGCCAUGCUGUGGGAGGGCUCUGUUCUGGAUGCCGACGAGGGAAUCCGUUUCCACGGCAAGACCAUCAAGGACUGCCAGAAGGAGCUCCCCAAGGGCACCACUGGAACUGAGAUGCUCCCCGAAGCCAUGUUUUGGCUUCUUCUGACAGGCCAGGUGCCUUCUACUGGCCAAGUCCGCGCCUUCUCCCGCGAACUGGCUGAGAAGUCAGAGCUCCCCACUCAUAUUCUGGACUUGAUCAAGUCUUUCCCCUCCAACAUGCACCCCAUGACACAGCUCUCCAUUGCCGUCGCAGCUUUGAACACCGAGUCCAAAUUUGCCCAGGCCUAUGAGAAGGGUAUCAACAAGGCCGAGUACUGGGAGCCCACUUUCGAUGACAGCAUUUCCUUGCUGGCCAAGAUCCCCCGUGUGGCCGCCCUUGUCUUCCGACCGAAGGAGAUCGAUGCCGUUGGUACCCAAAAGCUCGACGCUGCCCAGGAUUGGUCCCACAACUUUGCUGAGUUGCUCGGCAAGGGUGGCGCUGAACACAGCGACUUCCAUGACCUCCUGCGUCUUUACCUCGCUCUCCACGGUGACCACGAAGGUGGUAACGUGUCUGCCCACGCCACACACCUCGUCGGCAGUGCUCUGAGUGAUCCUUUCCUCAGCUACAGUGCCGGUCUUCUCGGUCUUGCCGGUCCACUUCACGGACUAGCUGCCCAAGAGGUCCUCCGCUGGGUGAUUGCCAUGCAGGACAAGAUUGGUACCAAGUUCAGUGAUGAGGAUGUCCGCACUUACCUCUGGGAUACCCUCAAGUCCGGCCGCGUGGUGCCAGGCUAUGGUCACGGUGUCCUGCGCAAGCCCGAUCCUCGCUUCGAGGCCCUGAUGGACUUCGCCGCCACUCGCCCCGACGUUCUGGCAAACCCAGUCUUCCAGCUGGUCAAGAAGAACUCGGAGAUUGCUCCCGGUGUGCUUACCGAGCACGGAAAGACCAAGAAUCCUCACCCCAACGUGGAUGCCGCCAGUGGUGUCCUCUUCCACCACUAUGGCUUCCAACAGCCCCUUUACUACACUGUUACAUUCGGUGUCAGUCGCGCCCUUGGUCCCCUUGCCCAGCUGAUCUGGGAUCGUGCUCUGGGUAUGCCCAUUGAGCGCCCCAAGAGCAUCAACCUCCUCGGUCUGCUCAAGAAAUAA